UGCACUUCCGGCUGGGGCUGUAAACAGCGGAGAGUCCAAGUUGGGCCGACAGCCCAGCGGUGGAGAGGGGGAUGGCGGGGUUCGGCCUGUCCGGGGUCCCCGGAGCUGGAACGGACGCCGGGGCCUGGGAGCCUGGAAGGAGGUGCCUCGGCCGCCGCUGAGCGGGCCGGGCCGGGCAUGGGGAACUGCCUGUCGUCGGAGCGGUCCGGCACCAGAGCUGGGGACGAGGCGGGGGCUGGAGCCGCGGACGACCUGUCGCUACUCAACGACUCCGGGGACGGGAACAGCUUUCCCGGGGACCCGCCGCCUCUGUCGCCGCAGCCCCCGCCGCCCUGCAGGGGACGGGAGCCAAUCCCAGUGUACCACCCAUCUCCGAGCCAGAGCCGACUGGCCACACAGCUCACAGAGGAGGAGCAGAUCCGCAUCGCCCAGAGAAUUGGCCUCAUCCAGCACCUGCCCAAGGGCAUCUUCGACCCUGGCUCUGAGGGGUCCGAAAAGAAAAUGAAAGAGUGUGUGAUCUGCAUGUUGGACUUUGUGUAUGGGGAUGCCAUACGCUUCUUGCCAUGCCUGCACACCUACCACGUCCACUGCAUUGAUGACUGGCUCAUGCGCUCUCUCACAUGUCCCUCUUGCAUGGAGCCAGUGGAUGCAGCCCUGCUUUCCUCCUAUGAGACAAGCUGAAUUUGGAGCCUGGCAGCCAACAUGUCCCCUGGGCCUACUCAGGUGAGCCCCAGGGGAAAAGCAGCAGCCA